UUAGCAGGUAGAGAGAGAAAGGGAGAGACGGAGAGAGGAUACAUCAGUUUUCAUGGAGUCCUAUCUCGGUUUUGCUUGUGGAUUCUGGGUUCUUGAGAAAAUGGUGAUUUUGACCGUACCACAAACCAUUGUUUCCUCCUUUCUCUAGCACCCAAUUCUUUCAAAAGAAAGGGAAAAAAAAAUCCACAAACUUUCUUUCCUUGCUUUCCAGUGGAGCAUAAAGAUGAUUCCGGUCUUUCCCAGAUGGAAUAAUCUGUGCCUGUGGCAGUUCGUGGCCAAAAACCAAGUCUUUUCAGUCUAGUCUAUUAAAGAGUCAUGCUGAGGAAGAGAUCAAGGCACACAGCACCGACACCAUCAACAGCAGCAGCAGCAGCAGCAACGAAACAAGGUCUGAUGGCUGACCAUGGCUGUCUUCCUUCUCCAACCGGGAAAAACAGAGGAGGAAGCCCAACUCCUGCUUUCCUCACCUAUCCAAAGCUAUUCACUAGUAACAUCACUGUCAAGUGCGAACCGGAGUUCAUCAUGAGCCCGACUUCCAUACUCGACACCAAGCCAUUUUCCCACUUGAAGAGCUCGUUCUGGUCAGAUACUGCCUCUCCCAGAAUCUCGGAACCCAAAAGCAUUGGCCUAGCCAUUGUGGAUGCUCUCAGGGACGAUAAUUGCUCCAAACUCGAUUCACACAAACCUGAGAACUUGACUGUGCUGUUUGGCUCUCAGCUCAAGAUUCAAAUCCCAAAAACUCCAACUGAUUUUGGCACCAAAACUAGAAAUUCCCAACUGGGGUUUUCGUCCCCAAGCCAGGGUCACUCCCCAGCAAAUAAGCAAGAGGCAACUAGACCCCCUCCUGGUGGGGUUGCUUUGGCUGGCUCUAUUUCAGCUAGCGACAUGGAGCUCUCAGAGGACUACACUUGCGUGAUCUCGCACGGGCCGAACCCGAAGACGACUCACAUAUUCGAUGACUGCAUUGUGGAGAGCUGCUGCAGUUCGUUGUCAGAAUCCGAUUGGAGGAAGGAGAACGGGUUGUUUUUGGCGGAUCAUUGUAGGUUCCCUUCUGAGAGUUUCCUGAGCUUCUGCUACACUUGCAAGAAAAAUCUUGGAGAUGGAGAGGACAUUUACAUUUACAGGGGGGAGAAAGCAUUCUGCAGCGGCGAAUGCAGAUCGCAGCAAAUAUUGCUUGAAGAGGGCGUGGAGAAUUAGUCUCUGCUGGCUAGCAAUUGCUCUUGUCUUGAAGCUACCUGGCCUUUUUUUUUUUUUUCCCCUCCUCCUUUUCUCUGUUUUGCUAUUUUUCUUUUGAAAGCCUUCUAGAGUUCUUGGAAGAACAGUCUCCCCUGUUUCCUGUCAAAUUUUGCCUUUCCCUUUGUUCAGAUCCUUGCAAGUACUACUUUACCUUUCAAGCCCAGAGUCCUCUGAUGGGACUCCAGUUUUGUAUGAUCAAAAUUUUGGAAUGGAGUGAUGAUAAUUUUUAGGGAGAGCUGCUAUUUUGCUAA